GCAGCAUGACGGUGUAGAGCGGGAAAAUCAGUCAAAGGGGAUUCACCGUCCUGUGCUGCAAUGGAGGAGAAGGUACCGACUUUUGAGCCAUACAAUACAUGUAUUGCAGUCCUGAAGCUGACCUGUUCAGAUACCAGAGGUUUUUCUAAAAAACAUGAUGACACCAGGUGGAAUGAUGCAUGGCAAGAUAGGUAAUUAAAUGACAAACAAGAGUUAUCAGUAUGCUAAAUAGAUGCCAUGCACCCACAUGAAGAUACUACAGUAAGGUGAAUCGCGAGCAGACAGUUGCUUCUCCAGUAUGUCCCUUUCUUCCACUGAAGAACUGUUUUUAAAAAAACAAGGACGAUGUGCAACUUUGGGUAUCUAGUCUACAGAGGCUAGUGAGCUGGUACUGGGGACUCCAGUGUUUUAUCCUGAUGGAUAAAACACUCACUGUACUGUAUGUUGGACCAGAUGAAGGCUGUGGCUGUCCUUGCCAUCACCAUAAAAAAAGAGUUCGGAGGCAAUGGAGGAUUGUGUGCAGGGGGCCCUGUCAUCCCUGUAUCCUCCUUUUGAGAGCACGGCGCCACCCCUCCUCUCACAGGUCUUUUCAGUCCUGGAGUCGACAUAUCAACAUGACAGUCUCCGGUACCUCCUGGACUACUUUGUUCCUGCCAAACACCUUCUGCACAAGCUGCAGCAGCACGCGUGUUCUCAGUACCUGGGCUGCUUGUUCCUUCACUCUGGCUGGCCUCUGUGUUUGGGCGAGAAGGUGGUUGUCCAGCUUUCUACUUUGGACUGGAGGCUUCUGCGUAGUAAUGACUUCUACCUACAAGUUGUGCCUUUCUCUACACGCUGCCCACGGCUGGCCUUAAAAUGUCUUGCCCCUGGAGGGCGCACAGUACAGGAAAUUUUGGUACCCGAGUCGCAGCAUCCUCUUGUGUUCAGCACUGAGUGGCUGCAUAGCAUCAACAAGGAACGAGGCCAUAAGCGAGAAGUUGGAGGAGGCCUUGAUACCUGCUUAGUCAGUACAUGUGAUGGUGUGGUUCGACUGCCGUGGAAGGAGGUAGUCUACCCGAAGUUCAUCCACGACCCUUGUGAGGAGCUGGGUCUGAUGUCCAGCCAUGAGACAGCCAUAUCCAACCGCCUACCCAGUGAGGGAGGGAGCAGCCUCGGGGGCUGGGGUGGUUCAUCCUCUGGAGAAUUGGAUUCUUGGUCGUGGGAUGAGGAGGAGGAUGACAAUUUACCCCCAGAUGGCUUAGACUCUGAGACUGCACUCAGUCGGCGAAGGCGCAGUGAAGAUGGACUUGGGCGGACAGGUAGACAGCCACAGUUUGACGGGGACUAUGUUGAGCUUUUGGAGCCCAGAAGUGGACCUGACGGGGGCGUUGACCCAAGGCAGCGGUACCUAGAAAUGCAUGGCAUCUGUAAGACCAAGACUUUGCCUUUGUGCAGGAGAGGUAGGGCCAUCAAAAUCCGCAAAGGAAAGGCUUGGGGAUAUGGAAGAAUGGAGAGGUCAGGAAGCUUUAGGGCGGUCCUUGGUGCUAAAGGAGACUCUGUGCCAUCCAAAAACGAUGUGUUACUUCCCCAGCCUCCCUCCGGACUUGGUGAACCUGGCAGAGGGAGACGAUCAUACUCCUCUUCUGUUCAUGACUCUGAUGAAGGACACAAAACAAGUGUCGACUCUGAGAGUUCAGACAGUCGGCCGCUUUAUUUUGAUGCCUCAUUCAAAGAGAGAAGGCCAGGUGUGGGCAAGGAGAGAGAUAGCAAUGGGCUUUUGCAGCCAUGCAGAGAUGGCCACAGAAAGAAAGAUUCAGAGAGUGGAGACAGCUUGGUCACAAAUGAAAUACACGACUUGAUGAACCAAAACACUGGACACGUAGAGGGCCACUCAGAUCAUGGAUCUCAUUCUGACUGUGUUUUUGAGGAUCCUGAUAACCCACUUAGUGGAGACAGUGAGGCUGCCACCCCAACAUCAGAUGCACCAGAGAGACCAUUGACUGAGGUCUCAGAAAGUGGAAAGAACGGGUCCAAGAUGAAGAAUUUAACUGACGCAAAGAGGGCAGAGGAAAAGGAUGAAGGAAAGCAAGGACAAAGAGUUUGUCCCAGAGGAAAGGAAGUUAAAACUGCAGGAUUCAGAGCACCAAGGAGAAAAAGGAGGGGAAAAGGGGCCAAAGGGAGAGCUAGGUCUGGAGUGCGUACACACCAGAAAGGAUCAAAACCACAAGGUAAAGCUCCUCAACCAAUAUCCACUACCUGCUCUACUUCAAUAACACUACCCUUCAGAGAGGAGAACCACUCAGAGCAAACAAAACUGCCAGAGAAAUGUAAUGGAGUGGCCACAAACACUAAUGAAGGGGAAGAGAACACAAAGAAAAGCACUGCAGAGAGCGAAGCCAACUCAUUGCCAGUGUGUAACGGACAUUCUAACGAAGAGGUGGGCUCAGCAGAGAUAUGUCCUGACCAACUAAAUGGCCUUACCUCCAACGAGCCUCCAAAACUUAGGGAUCUGGACACUGAGCUCGUCCAGUCAGGAAAGCUUAAGUUGACAGGAACAGUAGACAGGCUGGGACGGGCUCUGGUAUUCACACAGACAGAUACACCGGAGGAUGAUUUCUGUGAGGAGGAGAUGGCCCGACUCCUGGCCUGCUAUCACACAAUCACUCGGCCUGCAGCCAAAGAAAAGGGUCUCACUGUGUUAAUAGACAGCAGACAUGCCCUCCCCUCUGCUCUCUGCCUCUCUGCACUUAAAUCGUUCCAGGUGCUUGUUCCUGGUGGUCUGGGAUCCGUUCUAAUUCUAGUGGAGGAGCAGCAAGAGACCACUUCCCAUAAUCUGAAAGGAGCCGAGGUCCACACAGUGCGAGGAACAGUGGUCCUUCAGCAAUAUGUAGAUAAGCAACAGCUCCCCAGAGAGGUUGAUGGAGACUUCACCCACUGUCACUCAGAUUGGCUUGCUUUCAGACUAAGUUUGGAGAGCCUGACAGAGCGUUGUGAGAGUGCCCUCUCUCUGCUGGGAGAAGCACUGCAGUCCAUGGACACUGAGCCGUUGCCCGACAACAUCAAGAAUGUUCCACUGAGCAUCAGCAAACAUGGACAACUCAUGGCAAGCGUCCUGGCUGACCAGCGCUUAACAGAGCUGCAGCAGAGAGGAGGAGCCUGGCUCGCAGGACUAACCAACAGCACAACUAAGCUGGCGCAGACGUCGCCGGACUGCAGAGCUGCUCUCGCUACAACUUCUAAACUCUAUGACAGCGUGGAUGACGCACUUCACAAACUAGUUCAAGUGUCUAAUAAGAGAGGUCGUGACCUCGACGCUCUGGGACGACUAGCGGAGCUGGUGGACAAACUGGAAAAGUGUGAUAAGGAGAUUGAGCAAGUGCAGUCGCAGCUGGAGGACUACAAGGAUCCUCCACUGUCCCUCAGCAGGCUCUCACUUAAACAGCAGAAGUUCAAAACAUUCAGAGAAGCAGCUAAUGAGCUGCACAGCGAGACGCUGUCAGUGCUCAGCGAUUUGGAGGGCUGGUGCGAGCUGGACUGGUCGGGCCUGACUGACGUGCAGAUCCGACUUCCUCCGGUAAGGGAGAGGCUGAGAGACAUGUCCCACUGUCUGUCAGACUGCUGGACCACCUUGGAUAACACACAGCGGCUACUGUCCACACUGACUGAGGCAACCCAGUGGUGUGAUGCAGUCUCCUCCACCUCGUCCUCUUCCUCCACCUGCCCUCUCGCCUCCCUCCCUCCCAUCCCUCCAUCCCGAUUCCAGGAUGCCCGUUCCUUAGCCAUUGAGCUCGGGGGUGGGGCACUCCUGGAGCUCUGGACCCAGACCAUAGAGCGCUACCAGCGGACCGUAGCUCAGGUCAAACCCCGAUUCCUCCAGUCCGACAGGAACCAGAAUCAGGGCCAGGGGAAAUCCAAGACGCCAUCUGCCACCAGCUUCUCGGAUCUAAUGGGUCCUGAGGGGGAUGGUGACUGGGGGAUUGGAGCUGGUGGAGGAGGGGAGGGGGGACUGCAGUCUUGGGGGUCCCUGGCAUCGCUGUUCAGACCACAGACAUGCUCCACAUUGAAGAUAGGGGAGGAUAGAGGGAAUAAGAAAGAGGGAACAGGGGGAGCAAGUGGAGGAGGAGGCGGCGCUGGAGGAGGGAAGUUCCUACAGAAUCUUCUGAAUCCUGCGAAAAAGAGCCCGACAGACACCCCACUCCCUCCUAAGCCACCUCGAAAGCGCCACCCUAGCUUUGACCUUCAGGCUCUUCUGGCCCCCCGUCGAGGCACGGCGACCCCCAAACCUGCAGAGUCUACUGUGGUCGGAGCGAGUCGUAACUCCCCCAUGUCCUGGCUGGGGAGACGGGCACUAGCAGACCCGGUGAUCACUACUGGCAUGGCUGCUGCGGUCCCUGGAUGGGGCAGCGGAGGAGGAGGAUGCGGAGGGAGCGGGGUACUGAUCCGAGGAGUGGAGGUCAGCAGCAAGGAGGUGGUGGAUCACACGGGGUCGCCACGGCAACAUGUGCUGCUGGGCAGAACAGAGAGGGAGACAGGCACGGACCGAGCUGGUUCGGCUGCUCAGAGUAAGUUGUACCUGCUCUGGUGCAGGAUGCUGAGCUCAGAGAGGCAGUAUGUGACUGUGCUGAAGGGGGUGGAGGAAACAUACAUCCCAUUACUGGAGCUCUCAGACACCCCGGCCUCCAUCAGGGGGAAGGCAGACGUCCUUUUCCCCAACUGGUCCAGCCUCAGCACCUUUCACUCGCAGAGCCUUCUACCGGCAAUGGAGGGCGCUCUUGUGCAGAGUUUAAUGCAGCAGGACUGCUUCAGCAAAUACCGAGACCAGUUUCUGCAGUAUUCCCACUACAUCAGGAAUAAACCAGAGCUGGACUCUCCACACGUCACACAGGCUGCUGACUACUUUAAGUCAAAGCUCCCUGCAGCCUCCCCCCUGUCCCCUCUGGCCUUCCCUCACUGUCUGCAGGCUCCCACUCAGAGACUGGAGCAGUACUGUGAGGCCCUGGAGGAGCUGGGAGGCCUGAACCCCGCCUCUGACUCCGCCCUCUCUAUGCUGAGACAUGCCCAGCGGCACGGGGAGGACCUCCGGGCCAGUGACCUCAUCGUCGGAUGUCCGAUCCCCGUGGCGGAGCGCGGCGAGCUGGAGCGGCAGGGCGAGCUGUCGGUGUGCGGGGGGGCGCGGAGGAAGCGGGCGGGGGCGAGGAACGUUUUCCUCUACCAGCACGUCGUCAUCUUCACCAAACAGAAGAGCCCCGGCCCGGGACGCACCACCUACAGCUACAAACACAGCAUCAAGAUGGGCGAGAUGGGUCUGACCCAGAGCGUGGGCGAGGACGGCCUCAAGUUCGAAGUGUGGGUCCGCCAGGCUCCAAGAACCAAAGACUGCAUCACCCUGCAGGCGAAGGACCGAGAAGAGAGGGAGGCCUGGACCCACGACAUCGCCCAUCUCCUAUGGACGCACGCCAUCAACAACACGGAGUUAUGUCUGAAAGAGUCACUGUGUAUGGGACUUUCCAGUAAACUGCUGCUGGAUGCCACAGGAACGCAAGGCGCAGAGCUGGACUCCAUCUAUAGUCUCAAUGACAGAGUCCACAGUAGCUGCUCGGACUCUUCCUCUGUCGGCAGUCAGAAGGACGGGGGUUCCCCGGCGUCUGGGAGGGACCCCAGGAGAAGUCACUCACAGAGUCAGUCUCCCUCUACAGCCGUGUAACUGUCAUCUCAAUGAGAAAACUGGACCCUGGACUUGGUUUAAAUAUCUCUUCAGGCCAAACUGGAUUUCAAUGAGCAAGACCCUUGGACUGUAUUUGAACUUGUCCCAAAUACUUGCGCUUCCUCCACUUCUUCCCCGGCCCCCCUUCACCUCCUCAAAACAAAUAAAAUGCUUUGACCAUGUUGAAACUCCCAGCUCUGGUAUGAUUCCCCCGAAGCAGAGCUGCAUCCAAAAAGGAUCAAAACUGCCCCGUUCAAAGCAUGACAAGCACCAGCAGGGCUCUCUCUGUGCUCCGCCAUUUUGGAUCUGCCAGUCUCAGUUGCUGGCAGAGUCACUGACACCAAAGGCACUUCAGCCACACAGUGCGGCCAUUGUCUGCCCCGCGGCUCCCCACUAGGCCAAACCACUUGGUCUGAACCACUGACUGCCUGGCUGGCUGACUGUACGCAUCACAUGCUCCAGCAUCUGAUAAUAAACAGGAAGUAAUAUGCAGAGCGUAAAUCCACCGUAGGAUUGCAGAUUUAGAAUGUAUUAUGUACUUUGUCAUUUUCCUGCCGCUGAAUGGAGUACUGUAGGGUUUGAUUUGCCUGCCUGUGUAAAGCACAUGGCAGAGGCUAGGUGUGAUUGCAUCUAUGCAAAUGAGGCAGGGGUGGUAUGAGCACACACACACACACACACACACACACACACGCACACACACAUCUCUCAGCACAUGCAGUCAGUCUUAUUGUUAUAGGACAGUGGAGCACUGUUCACUUCACAUGCUCACACACACUCACUGUGGCCGUUUUAAAGCCCAGCACAGUGGCUAAAUCAACGACAUGCAAGGUAACAUCUGAACACGUGGGCUGCAGGAAGCAUUGCCUCGAUGUUGUACAUUAUCAUAUUGGCCUUAUUCAUUUUGUGUUUUCUGUUAAUAGUGGUAAAGAAUUAAAAAUGACAUGUUAGCUAGUCUUGUUUAAAGUGUAACAUUUUUGGUGCCUUACAGUGUUACUCAGUGUACUGAUAAUGAAUUAUUAUACCUGUAAUAUGCCAUAUUAUAUAUGCCAAAGGUAUAAAGUGGGUGUGUGUGCAAUGUUGAUUUGUGUACAAUGAAGUAUUGUUUGAGUUGCCAGCUUCCUGGUUGGGAGGGUCUCUCCAUAAAAUGGAGAAAUGUGGAUCUGUUUGUCUGUUUUCUGGUUUUACUGGGUUUGUGCUUGCGAACAAAAAACAACAUCCGAUUGUUCCUAAUGAAAUCUGACUUCUAGGGCCAGAUAGUAUUUGACAUCCGCGUGCUGGCAGAUCAAUUUAACUUAAAUGUGAAAGGAAGUGUUUUCACUAUUGAGUAAGAGGAUAAGAGACCACUUUUAUGAUUGUUAUGAUUGUUUGAUAAACAGCUAGCUUGGCUCAGGUCGCAGACAACAAAACACCUGUCAGAAUUUAGGCUCGUGCUCAAUUCUUCUUUGAAUUCAAACCACUCGUAGUUUGAUCAUUUUGGCCAAGGUUCAUCUGGCUGUCUUCUCACAUCAGCUCAGUCAACGCGCCAAUAAGAUACCAGUUAGCUUGGCUCCGUCCAGUGGUUGGGCCACAUUUAGGUCACUUUACAAGGUACAGGGUCAUUAUUAGCUCUGGAGUUAAUUAUAAGUGAAUCUGCUUUUAUUGAACAUUGCUAUAGCAGUCAUCAGAGUGGUACUGGUCUCGUCAUCCUACAAAGUGAAAGUGGUAGUAUGCCACACUAUGUAACCAGUCCUUCCACAAAUUGUGUCUCUAACAAAAGAUAAAAAUAGCUUCCAGCUUAGCUCUAGUACUUUUCCAGUUUUAAUACUGGGUCCAUUGACAUGUUGCACUGCAGAGUUAAAAGUCUGGUGGAGAUGUCACAUAGUAAACACAAAGAUGCACCGAAUAUGCAGAGGUAGUCAGAUGUACAGUAUUAUAAUAGCUCCAAUGAUUCAUCCCAAUGAUUUAAUUCAGCAAGCAUUCAGUCAGUAAAACCAAUCAGCAUCCACUCGCCAGUUUGAUUGGGAAGCAUGUGCAUCAAACAGUAUCAUGCUCAAGGUACGUUAUGAAACCAUCAGGUAGCGAACGCCGGCAGCGGCGGGAGGUCAGGCCCGUGUCUCCAGACACCAGCAGCAGCAGUUUGUUGCUGUUAUCAGAUUUAGCACGUUUCAUAUCUGCAUCCAAAUUCAAAAAUUGCAAAUGGCUAUCGAGCCACUUCUGAAUCAAUAUGUAAUUUGUUGGCUUGGAGAAGCCCCGUACACUUCAUAGCCUUUAGCUGUUUGGUACAUUGCGUUAUAUUGGAAGCAAUGUAAUGAACACCAUCUUUCAUUCUUACUGCAUUAUAGAUUGUCAUAUGCAGAAUUCCUCGCUUUUGUGUCACAUUGCAAGGCAGCAAUAUGUACAUAAACCUCCCUCUUGCUCUUUCUCUGCGGCACUCUCCGCCUGAUGUUUACAUUUUUUGGAAGGAAUGUUGGAAAUGCAUGUUAUUCCUACUUGAUAAUUGUACUUUGACUGUUUUUCACUUUUCUGUGUUGAAUUAAAACCGAAUAGAAGCUC